AUCUCUCAGAAAGCCCUUAUUCAUUUCUGCGUAUGGGCUGGAGGGUGAACAUGGACUCGUUAGGUCUUUUUGUCCUGCUAAUACUCACAUUUUGCUACUGGACAGCUGCUUCUUCUGCCGAUGAAAUCACCUGGAGCUAUUCUGGUUUUGUCGGUCAGUCUGAGUGGUCAGAGUAUUUCCCAGACUGUGGUGGUACUUCCCAGUCACCUGUUGAUGUGAUAACUACUCAGACUAAAUAUGACCCCAAUUUGAUUCCUGUGACCCCGCUGGGCUACAGUCAGACCGGCAGCCAUCCCUUUUCACUGCACAAUAAUGGACACACUGUUAUCGUUGAGCUGCCAGAGUGGAUGGUGCUCCGGGGGCUGCCUUGGGUCUUUACAGCCGUUCAGCUGCACUUUCACUGGGGCAAUGGUGGUCCAGGUCAUGGGGGCAGUGAGCAUAUCAUCAAUGGAAGGAGCUCAGAAGCAGAACUCCAUGUGGUCCAUUACAACUCAGAGCUCUACCCCAACAUGUCUGCGGCGAUGACUCAGAGAGACGGCCUGGCUGUUUUAGCAAUCCUCAUUGAGACAGGUGAAGAGACAAAUCCGGGGUUUAAUAACAUCAUUGACUACAUGAGCCGUGUCAGACAUGCAGACCAGAGAGCGUUUAUCCCAGCCUUUGACGUCCAGUCCCUACUCCCCAAAGACCUUGGACGCUUCUAUCGAUACAAUGGCUCCCUGACCACCCCGCCCUGCUACCAGAGUGUCUUCUGGACCGUGUUUCAUGAAAGGGUUCAGAUCUCAAAAGCACAGCUUCUGAAGAUGGAGACGAUACUUUACUCCAGUAAAGCUCAGGAAGCUGACAGGAUGCUGCUGCAGGACAACUUUCGUAUGACACAGCCGCUCAACCACAGAGUUGUCUUUGCCUCCUUCUCUGCAGAAUCAGGGAAGGAGCUCUCCUCUGGUGAGGUCACAGCCAUUGUGGUAGGAGUGAUGUGUGGCUGCGUGGGAGUGGCAGUGAUCGUUCGCUUCAUUGUGAAGACAAUACGAUUUUUUAGACUUCUUCGACUUGAAAGAGUCGUGGUAAACAGCUCUACCUCUAGCUGGGACGUCCUGCACAAUAACCGGCCUGCUCCAAUGUCAAGGACAAAUGAGACCGAGAAAUCACAGGAGAAAAAAACGAACCCGACUCUGAUGAUGACCUCAGAAGCUGAAAGGAAAGAAGAAUCGUCACCGUUACCGCAGACCGAGCCCUAGCGGUAGCAUCGUCAUCUGCCUGUUGUGAUAAAGGUCUUUUCCAACUAAAUUCAGCUCCAUUUUCACUCAACUUUAGAGACCCGUUUCCAUCCAAAUCGAAGUAAAGCACCUGAUGGGAAAUGCCAAUUUUCUGCUUUAACGUUCAGACAUGGCUACUGCAGUUGCACUUCAGAUAAGGGAUACAUGUAGACACAUGUUUUUUCUUCUGUUUUAAUGUUAUUUCCUUCACUAUAUUUCCUAAAACCCAAACACACUGCACUAACCUUUUGUAAACUCUUUACAUUUAAACUCUUCUGAGUAAUUUAAAAAAGAUAAGACAGAAAACAGACAAUGUUGAUGUGAAAACACAUGAGAGGUAACAUGUAUAUACAGGUGCUGUACAAACAUUUCAGAGCAGAUUUUAAAUCUGCACACUUUAUUGUAAAUGGAAGAGUUAUAUUUAUUUACAUACCUUCAGUCUGUUGAAGAGAGACAUUUAAAAGCUGCAUGUCAUCUGCACAUAUCUGAUUGAUUGUUGUUGUGUCUAACUUAUCUGCCUGAGCACUGCAUUAAAACAUUUGAAUGCCAAA